UCUGUCGACACCCUCUGUGUCUACUAAAUGUACAAACACUAUGAAAACGAUUGAUCAAAUUCAAAAUCAAUCAACUCAUUCAUGCCCAGCUAUAAAGGUUCAAUGUUUGAUUAAAUUUAUCACUACUACCCGUGAUUCCUGUUUCACUACCAGGACUCUUCAUAUACCAUGUCAGGGCACAUUUGCUUUGAAGAAGCAUUAUCAGGCAAUGAAGAAAGAAGAGAGAAUUCAGAGGAUGAUGGGUGGAAGAGAAUUGGCAGUCUAAAGAAGAAGGCAUUAAGUGCUUCCAGCAAAUUAAGGCACUCUUUUAAGAAGAAAGGAAGCAGAAAAAAUGCUAGUCUUAGCACUUCCCACUCCAUUGAGGACAUUCGAGAUGUUAAGGAGGUUCAAGCUGUGGAAGCAUUUCGGCAAGCACUUAUGUCGGAUAACUUGCUGCCUCCAAUGCAUGAUGAUUAUCAUAUGUUAUUGAGGUUCUUGAAAGCAAGAAAGUUUGAUAUUGAGAAAGCAAAGCAGAUGUGGGCUAACAUGAUCAAAUGGAGGAAAGACUAUGGUACAGAUGCAAUUUUAGUGGAUUUUGAAUUCAAGGAAUUGUAUGAAGUCCUGAAGUACUACCCUCAUGGUUAUCAUGGUGUAGAUAAAGAAGGAAGACCUAUUUAUAUGGAGAGACUAGGAAAAGUUGAUCCCGAUAAGCUUAUGCAAGUAACUACCAUGGAAAGGUAUGUGAGAUACCAUGUGCAGGGAUUGGAGAAAGCACUUGCUGUCAAGUUUCCAGUUUGUUCUAUAGUUGCUAAGAGACACAUUGAUUCAAGCACAACCAUUUUGGACGUUAAGGGCGUGGGUUUCAAAAACCUUACCAGGUCUGCACGGGAACUCAUCACUCAACUACAGAAGAUUGAUAAUGAUUACUAUCCUGAAACACUCUAUCAAUUGUUCAUAGUCAAUGCUGGUGCUGGUUUUAAGCUUCUCUGGAACACGGUGAAAACAUUUCUCGAUCCCAAAACUACUUCAAAGAUUCAUGUUCUAGGAUACAAGUUCCAGAGUAAAUUACUUGAGUCUAUCGAUGUUAGUGAGCUGCCAAAAUUCCUAGGCGGUAGUUGCACUUGUGUAGAUCAGGGUGGUUGUAUGAGGUCUGAUAAAGGGCCAUGGCAAGACCGAAACUUAUUAAAGAUGGGUCUUGGUGGAGUACAGUGUUCUAAACUAAUAGAAUCAGUUUCUAACGACGAGGGGAGGGUGAUUGAAUGUGAUGAGACAUCUAAUCCUAUGAUAAGAAGUAGCGGUACAUCUACAGGUGAAUUAGGAUCUGAAGUUGAAGUUAUCACCUUCCUGAAAGCAACUAGGGAUGGUAUAAACCCUGUAUUGAUUCCAGUCCAUGAAGAAGAAAGAUUGGUUAGUAAGGCUAGCCAUGGUGGUGCUUUCUCUUAUGAUGAGGAUGUUCCUCCUAUGGUUGACAAGAUCGUUGAUGUUGGAUCGAAGGAGAAGCAAGAAACACCUCAAAACUCAUUUGUCUCCAGAGGCUUCUUUUCGGCCCUUUAUACUUUUGCUCGUUCAGUAGCAUUUUAUGCCACUAAGGGAAUACUGGUCGCUGAAUCUGAUUCUGCCAAAAACAUACCAAUCUUGGCUGUUGAUUCAACAUCCAAGGGGGAACCUCGUCCUCUUUCGCCUCCUCGCGGAUUGACAAUGACAAACCUCUCCUCAUCUACCUUAGAACGCCUUGGUGAGCUUGAAGAGAAAGUUGACAUGCUAGAGUCAAAACUUAAUGCCAUGCCACAUGCAAAAGAAGAGUUGCUGAAUGCUGCUAUUUAUCGAGUGGACGCGUUGGAAGCAGAGCAGAUAACUACUAAGAAGGCUUUACACGAAGCUUUGAUAAAACAAGAAGAACUUAUGACAUACAAAGACAAUCAGGAAAAAAGCAAAUUCAAGACAAGAAGAACAUGGUGUUGAAGAGAGAGAGAGAGAGAAGAAUCAGUUGACGAGUGCAAUAAUGUUAAGCUAAGUUUCCAUAAAAAGAGGAUAUGAUGCUUCUAUACAUAUAAUUGCAUCAGGAUGACUUCAAUUAAGAAUGUUGAAUACAAAAAAGAGGCCAUCUUAUUUACUGGCCCCUGACUCACGCUCAAGUGAAGAAGGUGGAAAUUAAGCAUAAGUUCAGCUACAACAAAUAAGUGCUUCAUUUAAUAAUUUAACUGUCCUAAAGUUUAAACUGUAAAGAAAAUCAUAUCCAGUUCUAUAAAAAUGUGCCAUUUGUACUCGGGAUGGACAGUAUUAUAGUAAUUGGUAUAUAAUUUUCACCAACAGCUAAAUUUUUUUUCGGUCCUCAAAUUUCCUAUUGUUAUACACAGAUCUAAGCAGCCAUGGUCUAAAUAUGAACAGAAAUGCAUCAUGUAUUUUGCUUUUCCACUACUUCUUUCAAUCCUCCCCAACUGUUAAUAUGUAUAAUUCUGGUUCAUCCAUUGGACGCAGCUUGUUGCUGUUGGUUGUGUUGUAUUGCAGGGUUUGGAAAAAAAAAUUGGGAUGAUUGAAUAAAAUGCUGUUUACAGAAGUUGUUGAA